AUGGCAACUGAAGAAGUCAAAUUGUUCUGGAAGGUAAUAACUACUAAGAAGAAGUAUAGGGAACAAUUAGUUAAAAUCAAUGCUAGUGUAAGUAUAUUUACUGAAAAAAUUAAUGUUGUGACUAGACGUGAUGUAAAGAAAGCAGAUGAUAAUGAUGAAAGUAUUAGUAUACCCACAAAAACUGAAUUUAGUGCUCAAAGCGAAAAAGAAAAUAGAGAGUACGAAAAAGUGGAGAUCGAGGAGGAACAAAUAGAAUUUUGGUCUGUAAAGAGAGCAAAACUUGGAAGUGGUAAUGAAAGUACUAGUACACCCACAAGAACUAAAUUUAGCGCUCGAAGAGAAAAAGAAAAUGGAAAGUACAAAAAAUUUAAUAUUUUAUCUCUCAAAGUUAUUCCAGGGUUUAAAUUCCUUAAAAACACUCUUAAAACAAGAUAUCCUGAUACAGUAAAUGAGAUUGAAACUUAUGAGGAAGACCAAAAAAUGUUAACUAGCCUAGAAGCAACUCUUAAGGUAUGGUUGCAAAAAGUUUUGUCAUCAACUACUCCCGAAAAGUUAUAUAAAUGCCUUAUGGAGCCAUUGCAAGAUGAGAAUAAUACAGAUCAAGACAAAAAGUUACAUGAAAUAUUUGAGUUAACGCUAAAGGAAUUUUAUUUAAUGAUUAAAUAUAAUCCAAGCCAUAUUCUUAUGAGGCACAAUUCAGAGAGAAAAUUUCUCGUUGAAAGGGUGUCAACACCUUUUAAACUUGUUGAAUAUGCGUUUGGAACUAUUACAACGUAUUGGAUAGAAAAAGUAAUCAUGUCAACAAAAGCAGCAGAGUUCACAGAUAAUCCAAUCGGUGAGCUAGUAACAAAAAAAGCUGAUGUACUGGCCACAGAUCUUGCACAUAAUGUGGACAUAAUGAAUAUGGAAAUAUCUGGAGGUCCUUUUCAACAAGAUAGAAAGCAUACUCUUAAAGUUUCUGAAAAAAUUUCAAACAUUAGAGUAAACAUUCUCCUAACAAGUCUCCGAAAAUAUCUUUGUACUAGUGUUGUGACUGCCAAGAAACUUAAAACAUUCAACAUUCAAGUCAUUGGUAUCACAG